AUGACCACUCAACCCCCCCAGACAGCAACCCAGUACCUCGACCUCGGCAUAACCCUCGCGAUCAACGCCUGGCCGGCCUUAACCCUUGCUGUGCAAUCCAACUGGGGCGGCCCAACCUCCUCCGACAAGCGCGACUGGCUCUGCGGCGCCAUCUCCGAAAUGAUACAGGAGCGUCCAGAGACCGACGCCGAGGAUCUCGAGGAUGUGCUUAUCCAAGUGAUGAAUGAUGAGUUUGACGUCGUGGUGGAUGAUGAGAGCGCGGGCAUGGUUGCCGUGCAGAUUAUGGAGAUGAAGGGGCAGACGGAGAAGGGAGAGUUCGGGGCGAUUCAGGAGAUGUGGGAGAAGUGGCAGAGUAAGAAGGGGGCUUCGGAAAUCGCGGGGUUCCAGAGAGGUGAGGAUCAGGAUGAUGACGACGAUGAUAGCGAGGAUGAGGACGGGGAUAUGGAGAUGGAUGAUGCGCCUGCGCCGGCGUUGGUGAGGGCGCCGAGGGAGAAGGUUGAGCCCGAGGUUGAUGAGGAUGGGUUUACGACUGUUGUUUCGAAGAAGAGGAGAAUAGACGCCUUGUUCAUGUAUUCUGGCUGUUUGCCUAUGCUACAGCUGUGUGAUUCAUGCGCGCAGUGA